AUGUCCGGUUCCGCCUCCUUCGAUCUCGGUCCUCCAGAGCAAAGCGCCGGCUCCUUGUUCCUCAAAUCGCAGUUCCUCACUUCGCCCCAAUGGCCGCCCGCCGACACCAACCUCUCCGGCAAGGUCGCAAUCGUGACCGGCUCCUCCAGCGGUCUUGGGCUUGAGGCAUCUCGCCAACUACUCUCCUUCGGCCUUUCGACCCUCAUCAUGGCCGUCCGCUCGCCCGGAAAAGGCGAAGACGUUGCGACCACUUUCCGGACCGAGUUCCCUGAGGCGGACGUACGUGUGUGGCCUCUGGAGAUGGAAUCCUAUGCAUCGAUACAAGACUUUGCGCGGCGCGUGGACGCCGAGUUACCGAGGCUCGACAUCGCCAUCCUCAAUGCUGCUCUACAGAUGGCGAACCAUGUUCCUGUUACGUCGACGGGCCACGAAAAGCUGAUCCAAGUCAACUACCUAUCGACUACGCUCCUCGCCAUACUCCUCUUACCGCUCCUCAAGGCCAAGUCUUCGGACCCGCGCCUCAGCAUCGUCAGCUCUGGCACAGCGCGCGGAGCCUCCCUCAACAUACCCCCGGGCACGCCUAUCUUGCCCUCUCUCGACGACCAGACGAAGCCCUACGAUCCCGUCGAGCGUUACGCGGUGAGCAAGCUGCUCGGACAUCUGUUCUUACUCGAGCUUGUGCUGCGCUACGUUCGUGCGGAGGAUGUCGUCGUCAACCUCGUCGAUCCGGGUCUAGUCAAGAACACGGAUCUGCAGCGCGGAGCGCCAUUCCUCAUUGACGCGUUCUUCACGAGCUUCAAGGCGAUCUUUGGGAGGACGGUGCCAGUUGGAGCGUCGACGUAUGUCGACGCGGUUGCUGUGAAGGGGAAGGAGAGCCAUGGGUGUUUUUUGUCGAACUGGAAGAUCUCGCCGUUUGCGGCCUUCCUAUAUACGCCGGAGGGAGAGGCGGCGAGGAAGCAGUUGUGGAAGGAGACGAUGGAGGAACUCGAGUUUGCCAGCGUAGAAGCAAUACUAGACGACCUGAAGAGUCUGAAAGCACAAAGUCGGACUGACUGA